CCAGAGACAGUCAAAUCGGAUUCCUUUGGGAAAGGACACAAAUCACUCCCGUUUGAACAAGGGGAGCAGCGAGGGAGCUGUCUCCACACGGGUCCACCUCUCUGCUUGAUUUCAUAUUGCUCAUUCAUGUGAUUUGAUCAGAGAACAGUCUUUGUGGAGAAAAGAGAGAAAGAAAGGAGGAGAAAAUAAAAAAAUUGUCUGUGGAUGAUGACAUUUGAUCUAACACUCGUUCUUGUUCCUAUUGUUUCUUAAAGUGACAUAUAGACUCUUUCUGCCAGAUAGACCAAAGGGACCUCUAGUCUGAUCUUACGCGCCCCUUACAGUUUUUUGUUUGUUUGUUCUUGUACCUGGAUGUUGACAGCUCGCGUUUCUUUUGGCGCGUCGCUCCGUUUUCUUUUUCACAGAGGAAGCGCUAAUAGAGACAAACACGGUGACACCUGCUCACCCGUAUACUCCCGGUUAUCUUUUUUACGGAGCGAUCAAAACAAGCGAGCACCGACCGAGGCGGUGACAGGAAAAGUCGGUUUUCAUGUUCGGGAUUCAAGACAGCAUUCAAAGGAGCGGGAGUAGUAUGAAAGAGGAGCCCAUCGGUGCCGGGAUGAACGCUGUCCGGACAUGGAUGCAGGGUGCCGGAGUGUUGGAUGCGAACACAGCCGCUCAGAGUGGAGUGGGUCUUGCUCGAGCACACUUUGAGAAACAACCUCCUUCAAAUCUUCGCAAAUCCAACUUCUUCCACUUCGUUUUAGCUCUCUACGACAGACAAGGACAACCCGUGGAAAUUGAAAGAACUACUUUUGUUGGAUUUGUUGAAAAAGAAAAGGAAUCAACCGGGGAAAAGACAAACAAUGGGAUCCAUUACAGAUUGCAGCUUCUUUACAGCAACGGCAUCAGAACAGAACAGGACUUUUAUGUACGCCUGAUUGACUCCAUGACUAAGCAGGCAAUCAUCUACGAAGGUCAAGACAAAAACCCAGAGAUGUGCCGGGUGUUGCUGACGCACGAGAUCAUGUGCAGCCGCUGCUGUGACAAGAAGAGUUGUGGCAACCGUAAUGAGACGCCCUCUGACCCGGUCAUCAUUGACAGGUUUUUCCUAAAAUUCUUCCUGAAAUGCAACCAGAACUGUCUAAAGAAUGCAGGGAACCCGAGAGACAUGCGACGCUUUCAGGUGGUGGUGUCUACGACGGUCAGCGUGGACGGUCAUGUGCUGGCUGUGUCCGAUAACAUGUUUGUACACAAUAACUCUAAACAUGGACGCAGAGCUCGUAGGCUGGACCCUUCUGAGGGCACACCGUCAUAUCUGGAACACGCCUCUCCCUGCAUUAAGGCCAUUAGUCCCAGUGAAGGCUGGACGACAGGAGGUGCAACAGUCAUCAUUAUUGGAGAUAACUUCUUUGACGGCCUACAGGUCAUAUUUGGCACAAUGCUGGUCUGGAGUGAGCUCAUAACCCCUCACGCCAUUCGAGUUCAGACUCCUCCCAGACACAUUCCCGGGGUCGUGGAGGUCACUCUGUCCUACAAGUCAAAACAGUUCUGCAAAGGUACACCGGGCAGAUUCAUCUACACAGCACUGAAUGAACCCACUAUUGACUAUGGUUUCCAGCGGCUACAGAAGGUCAUUCCCAGACACCCAGGCGAUCCCGAGCGCUUACCAAAGGAGGUGAUUCUGAAGAGGGCAGCAGACCUGGUUGAAGCUCUAUAUGGGAUGCCACACAAUAAUCAGGAGAUCAUUCUGAAAAGAGCAGCAGAUAUCGCAGAGGCGCUUUACAAUGUCCCACGGAGUCACAACCAGCUGCCAGGUUUGGCCAACAGUUCAGUCCACGCUGGCAUGAUGGGAGUGAACUCGUUCCACAGCCAGCUCGCAGUCAAUGUGUCUGAGUCCGCACAAGCAGCCAAUCAGGGUUUCAGUCGGAACACAAGCAGUGUUUCUCCUCACGGCUAUGUGCCCAGCUCAACACCCCAGCAGGGCAGCUACAGUACCGUCUCUACCAGUAUGAAUGGAUACGGUAACGCAGGCAUGACUACACUGGGAGGGUCACCCAACUUCCUCAACGGAUCUGCAGCUAACUCUCCUUACGCCAUCGUUCCUUCCAGUCCCACCAUGGCCUCCUCCACCAGUCUUCCCUCCAACUGCAGCAGUUCCUCAGGCAUCUUUUCUUUCUCUCCAGCCAACAUGGUGUCUGCGGUUAAACAGAAGAGCGCUUUUGCUCCCGUUGUGCGGCCCCAGGCCUCGCCGCCCCCCACCUGCACCAGCGCCAAUGGGAAUGGACUACAAGUAGAUCAAUCUUUCGUGGACUCUAGCAAGUACUCCACCGCCAGCUCCCUGCAGGGACUGGCCUUUUCCUGAAUGAUCCCAGGGAUGAUUGUUCCUCCCAUGUAGAGGCUUCUGGGCUGCAAAAGAGGCACAUUUGCUUUCAGCUCUUACCAGAGAAUCUGAAGGUCUGAGCUGAAGGCAGUUGCUGGUGGAGAAGAAACCCGAACUUUCGAAAACUCAGGCCCUUUUAAAAAAGGAAUCUCAUUUUUUGGGAAGAAAGCGUUUGUUUGUUUGCUUUUGUUUUUAAGCUAAUUUCUGGACUGAUCUGCAGAAGGACAUUUCCCCAUGUUUACCCAUGCAGAAGAGAAGGAUGGACCUCCUUUUGAUUUUAUUCAUAGGCUUUUUUGAUGAAUUUAUGCCUUUUUUACGGACUGUAUCGUGUAGGAGAAAUAUGACACUUUAGGAGUGGGUGCAUCGUAAUGUUUCUUGAGAGCUGGCUGUUGUGCAGCAGUGAUGGGCGAUGGCACAGAUCUCUGUUAAUACUGACCAGUUUUUUUAUAUAAGCAAGUACGUUUCAAAUUGUGCAAAAUCCAAGAAACACAAGCAUCUCAGCAUUCAGAAAUGAGAAGAUGUGGGCCAACUGCUUAAACACAGAAAACAAGAAGGGAAAUUUUGCCCCAGGGAGAAGCCAACAAAUAGUUUGCCAUAAUUUUGAUUGUUUUGUUUCAAAGUUAAAUCAAAGCGCCAUACUGAGUUCCCCAGCAUCAUUUUUGAGCAAACAGUCAAACACGAAGCAUCUGCGUACCAGCCGGUUUAUAUGGUUAGUUAUGAUGGAGGAAUGCUAUUUAAUUAAAAGUUGUCAUUUCAGUGGACGUUCGCUUAGGCUCAGAUCCCUCCUCAAAGAGAAGAGUCCUGUUGAAAUAUGAAUCAAAUUUAUGUAUUUAUGUUAGUGCAAAUAUCUGAUAAAGAGAGAUAUGCAGUGAAUAAACUAAUGUGCUGAAGGAAAAGUACAAAAGCUGCCAGUUGCCAUUUCAUGUUUUUUUUUAUUAUUAUUAAAACAUUAGGAUUUGUAUGCGUGUUCAAAGAAUGUGAUGACAUAUGAUAAUUUUUUUAUAUUUGAUUUGCUUUCUUUAUGAAAAUAUGAAACUGUGAUAUAUGUUUGAUGUGUUUGGUUUGCUGUGUGGCUAGUGAAGGAUAUAGGUAAAAUUAAGUAUAGGAAAACUAUUUCAGAGCCGACUGUUAAAACAAAGCCCCCCCAUUCCCUUUUGUGUUUCUUUGGGUUAUUUUGAGGGACACGACUUAAAUUUGCAAAAUAUGUUCAUGUUUAGAUAGCAAUGUGUCAAACACCCAACAUACAGAAGUUUUUGUUAGUCAACUUCUUUUGCCAAACUUUUAUUUGUUUAAUGAUAGCUUAAGGCAGCUUAUAACACUCACAAUAAAUUCAUGUGAUAAGUUUCACGAAAUCUUAUCAACUUCAGCAAACUACAAACAAUGAACGUGGAUUCUGGAUAAAAGAGGGGAAUCUCUGUAAAAUAUCCAUAUAAAUAAUGUAUGUAUAUCCAGACUUUGUAUAUUGCUUUUCUCCCCAACUUUUUUAUGGUCUUUUGUGAUUAUUUGCCCAUAUGUUCACUUUCAUCAUCCAGCCUGCUUUUUAUUAUAUGUUCAUGUUUGCAUUUCGUUCCAUGUUUUGUGUCAUGUGCUUGGCUUCCAUUUUUUUUAUUCGUAAAAAAGCCAUUGUCUAUUUUUGUAUAAUUUGUAAGUUAAAAAGCAAUUGUUUUCCUUUUGGAAAUUUUUAUGUAUGGCAAAAACGUAGCAUCUCACAGCAUUUAGUUAUGUAGAUUUUUUAAAUAUAUAUAAAUAUAUAUAUAUAUAUAUAUAUAUAUAUGAUGAAUAUAUAAAUCUAUAUCUUUUCUUUGAGGCUUACAGAUCCUGUACUAUUGUAAUAAUAUGCAUGGGCUCUUCUAUGAGAGUGAUGGUUUUAUUUUGUGUGUCAAACCUAGAAGGACGUUUUGAUGAAGUUUUAAUAUUGAAUACUUUAUUCUCUUUUUCUUCUUAUUUUCCCUCUUUUUAUUUAUCUAAUUAUUUAUGCCUGCUUAUAGAUCUAUCUGUUCUAUUUUCUCUUUCAUGCAUAUCAGUACCAGCAGUAUAGAUGCCUUAACAAUGCAAACCCAUAAGCGUACAAUCACUUGUACAGAUUUUUCAACCAUCACAAACAGAAACCACAGAGCUCCUUAAGGGAAUAGCCUUCCCGACAGGAAAAGCACAAAUUGGUUGGUUUUACCUAAAAGCUGUCAUGAGACGCAUUUUUUUUUAAAUGUUUGUAUAUGAAGGACAAUGAGAGGGAACUUUGUAUUUGAAGGAAUAGAACAUAAGACUUUCUUGUUAAUUUAAAGCCUUUUAUUUUUUUCAGUAAUGUUGUAUGUCCACCACAUUCAAGAAAGGGGGAAGCUAAAAGCCAUAUUCAGUGGAAGCUCUGAUGGUGUUACACUUUAGCUAUAGGUGCACGUGACCCUGUGGGCCCUCCAGCACGCUAUGCACUCGACAUAUUUCUCACCCUACAGUAAGUGAAAUGACUAAACUUCAGAGCACAAUGCCUUGGCCCAAGGACAGAGAUGCUGAUGCUGCCCAGUCUGUACACCAGUUAAUAUCACCAAUGAAAUCGUAACUGAUCAGGCUUCAGGAGUCUUGAAUGAAUGGUUUAAGUAGUGUCAUUCUGUCACGUGUGUGUCUGCAAUCUGCCAUCUAACCAGGAAAGUGGCUUUUAAUAUGCUGUAUGUGUGUGAAGAAGACAUGCCUGGAGCCCCAUUUUGGGCUCUUCUCUAAUGUUAUAACUCUAUAGGAGGGAAGAGAUGGAUUUUUCUUUUCAUGUGAAUUGGCUGACACAAGGAUUACUUUGUUAGUGGCUCCAUCACAUUGAUUAAGAUGAGCUUCUGAUAAAGCAACAAGCAUUUGAUAGGAAACAGAACUCAAACCAAAAAGCUGGUCUCUUUUUCUGCCUUCUAUUCCUGUGUUUGUUUGUUUUUAUUUUAUUUUUGACUGGAUACACACUGAACCGUUCUAUUGAUAGGAAAACUCAAGACAAAAACUACUGUAUAGAUUGUUAUCAUUUUUUGAUGAAAGUUGUAAAAUAACUUUUCAAAGUUCACAAUAUUAAAUUAAAGUUCUUCUUGUCUGUGA